UUCCUAACUGUUCAGUUUAUUGCGAAAGAGUUAUUGCUUUCAAACUGGAAGUAUAAUGGAUCAGAUCAUAUACGCAUCCAUUGGGUGCUUGGCUUGCAUUAUUCUGCUGACAAAAUUAUGGUUUUGGUACAGAUUUCGUUAUUGGAAUCGAUUCGACAUCCCCCAAGCUAAAGCUUGCGCAUUUAGUGGAAAUUUUUGGGAUUUCAUUACCAUGAAAUCAAAUUUUCAAUAUCACUUAAGAACCAUCUAUGAUGAUCCGAAAUUCGAAAGUGAAGCUGUUGUUGGAGUUUAUGGAAUUUAUACUCCGGGCCUGUUACUGCGUGCACCAGAGUUGAUCAAAGCUGUAUUGAUUAAGGAUUUCGAAAAGUUUGCCGACAGAUCGAUGAAGUGCAAUCCCCACAGUGAUCGCGUUGGCAAUUCGACGUUAUUCUUUAUGCCCUACGCCUUCUGGAAGAGAUUGCGUCCCAAACUUACCUACGCAUUUACAAGUGGCAAAUUGAAACACAUGUAUCUUUUACUCCAAGCAGUGGGUGACAGUUUGGAGGAAAACUUGCAGCAGAAAGGAGAUAAGUUUGUGCAAGAGUUUAAAGCAUUGGCAGGUCAAUUCACCACAGACAGCAUUUCCACUACUAUAUUGGGACUUAAAUCAAGUGCCCUGCACAACAAAGAGGAUCCCAUAUAUCUAGUGGCUGUACGGUUGGCAAAAUUUAAUGUUCGUCGUGCCUUUUCUUUUCUCUGUAUGACGUUUUUGACCCGUCUCUCUGGUCUUUUGCGAGCCAAGGCAUUCAGUGAGACCGCAUACAUCUUCUUCAAACAAACGUUGCCGCAAGUGAUACGGGAUCGCGAAGAGAGUGGCCAAAAGCGCAAUGACAUGAUAGACAUUUAUCUGAACUUGAAAAAGGAGGCAGCAAUUGCUGGGGAGGACGAAGCUGCGACUAUGGAAUUGGUGGCGGCCCAAUCAGUAAUGCUUAUGAACGGAGGAUAUGACACCUCCUCAACUACAAUAGCCAAUGCCUUAUUUGAGUUGGCAAAGCAGCAACAUUUUCAAGAGCGUUUGCGCCAAGAGGUACUCGAUGCUUACAUUAAUGGCAACGGUCAGAUAUCCUAUGAGCAAAUACAUUCAAUGGACUAUCUCAGAAUGGUCGUUAGUGAGACUUUGCGCAAGUAUCCUGUGGUACCCUUAUUGGAUCGAAGAUACAUGGCUGCAGAUGGAAGCUCACGAUAUUCACUGAAGCCCUAUUAUGAUUAUGAGGUGCCGCAUGGUAUGCCCAUUUAUAUAUCGGCAUAUGCUCUACAUUAUGAUUCAAAGUAUUGGCCUGAUCCAGAUAAUUUUGAUCCAGAACGCUUCUCUGCGGAAAAUCUUCAAUCAAUUAAUCCAAUGACUUAUUUACCAUUUGGCACUGGCCCUCGAAAUUGUGUGGCAUCACGCCUAGGUUUGCUACAAGUGAAGGUAGCCUUAGUUCAUAUUCUUAAGAACCACUAUGUUCAGUUAUGCGAUCAAACCAAUUUGCAUCCAAAGUUUGACCCAAAGUCCUUUCUUCUAGAAAUUAUGGGAGGUAUACACCUGGAGGUGAAUCGAGAUCGUAUGUUCGAUAAAGAAAUGAAAAAAACUGCAUGCAUCAACUGCGUAAAUCAAUUACGUGAGGGCAAUCUUCAUUUAUCAUUUUCAAAUAACUUUAUGCACAAAGAAUACCUGCCCCUUGACGACAGUCUCAGACCAGAGUUGUUCAAUACUUCUAGUUGUCGAUUGGUAGCAAAUUAUAGCAAGCCAAUGGAAAAUCUGAUAACAGUGUGUUUCGUUUUUACAACAUGUCUCGCACUCUGUGUAAGAUUUUGGUUCCAAAAUAAAUUUCGCUAUUGGAGCCAACACGAUGUUCCCCAUGCAAAGGCCAGUAUUUUCAGUGGUAAUUUUUGGGAUUUCUUUUCCAUGAAAACCAACUUCUUUUACCAUUUGAAAACUAUCUACGAUGAUCCGAGGUUUGAGAACGAAGCCGCCGUUGGCGUCUAUGGAGUUUACACACCAGGACUUUUGAUACGCGAUCCUGAAUUGAUCAAGGCCGUUUUGGUUAAGGAUUUUGAAAAAUUUGGUAAUCGUACGUUUCAGUGUAAUGCUCGCAGCGAUCCAAUUGGUAAUAUGGCUCUGUUUUUCUCACCAUUUUCAUAUUGGAGGCGAAUGCGUCCAAAACUAAGCCCCGCUUUUUCGAGCGGAAAAUUAAAACACAUGUAUCCUUUACUUCAGGCAGUGGGCAAGAGUUUGGAGGAUAACUUACAAGCAAAAGGUGAUGAGUUUGUUCAAGAAUUUAAGCAAAUUUGCGGUCAGUUUACCACAGAUGUCAUAGCCACCACCAUAUUGGGAUAUCAAUCACAUGCCUUACAAAACUCUCAAGAUCCCCUAUAUUUGGAAGCAAUCAGACUCGUCAAGUUCAACAUUCGCCGAGCAAUUUGUAUUCUUGUUUUGAUGUUUAUGCCACGUUUGUCUGGUCCAUUGGGAGUCAAGUUAUUCCAUGAGCCCUCGUAUAGCUUCAUUAGAAAUUCGGUGAGGCAAGUUGUUGAGCAUCGUGAGAAAACCGGUCAAAAGCGCAAUGAUGUUGUUGACAUCUAUGUAGUUUUGAAAAAAGAUGCUGCGGCCGCAGGAGAAGAUGAACACCUUACAAUGGAUAGUUUGGCGGCACAAUCGGCAAUGCUUAUGGGCGCGGGCUACGAUACCUCCUCGACGAUAAUUUCAAGUGCAUUGUUCGAAUUAGCCCAAUAUCCAGACAUAAGAUUGAGAUUGCGUCAGGAGGUUUUGGAUAACUUCCUCGAUGGCGACGGUCAAAUAUUGUACGAGCGUAUAAACUCAAUGGAAUAUCUAGGAAUGGUGGUUGAGGAGACAAUGCGCAAGUAUCCAGUGCUGCCUUUGUUGGAUAGAAAAUAUAUGGCAACAGAUAAGAACUCGGUAUACUCAUUAAAACCAUUCUACAAUUAUGUUGUGCCAGACGGAAUGCACAUUUUUAUAUCAGCAUAUGGUUUACAUUAUGACCCAAAGUAUUGGCCAAACCCAACGAAGUUUGAUCCUGAACGCUUCUCUGCCAAAAAUCGCAAAACCAUAAAUCCCAUGACUUAUUUACCAUUCGGCAGUGGCCCCCGAAAUUGUGUGGGUUCUCGCCUGGGACUUUUGCAGGUGAAAAUAGCCUUGGCACAUAUUCUUAAAAAUCAUGAUGUGCAGUUAAGUCCUGAAACAAAUUUAAACCCGAAAUUGAAUCCCAAGGCAUUUAUUUUGCAAAUUGAAGGCGGCAUAAAUCUGACAGUGGUUCGUGAUAACAUGUUUGACAACGCAGCUGCUACACUCCAAAAAAGUGACCCAAUGGUUGAGUUAAAAUAAACUACUAUCGAAUAAAGUUAGUUGAACUUCAUAUUAUA